AUGUCUGAUAUCAAAUCAAAGGGCGGAGCGCCAAUUGAAGAUGGUGAUACAGUCAGAACGCCUUAUCGGGGAGGAAAGCACGAAGGACAGGUCGAGCAGAUCGUCACGAGCGAAAAGCAGGCCAAGGAGGCGCUGGACGGCGUCAAAGGAGCGGGCCACGCGCCCACCGUGGUCUUCACGGACCAGAACAACAAGAAGGUCGCGCACAAGCCGGGCGCGGUGACGGACUUGGACAAGGAGAGCUGA